ACGACCUACCCACUUAGCAGUGCUCUACUACAGCGCGCUUACACUCGGUAACAGUUGCUCUGUCAACGAUGGAAGGCCUCGCGCCAUCUUCCAAGCUGUCUCUGACCGUCGUGGUCGUGGUGCUUCUCCUCGGCAUGGCGGGCGCCGCCAACGGCCUGAAGAGGGUCGUCGCAAACAGCCCCGACGAGCCGUGCAAGAACAUGACGCUCUACUACCACGACAUCCUCUACAACGGCAACAACACGGCGAACGCGACGACGGCGGCGGCCACAAAGCCGACGCCGCUGAGCACGACCUACUGGAAGAACAGCACCUACUUCGGCGCGCUGAUGGUGUUCAACGACCCGAUGACGGUGGGGAAGGCGCUGCCCCUGGCCGGGGAGGAGCCGGCGGCCCGCGCCCAGGGGUUCUACUUCUACGACAAGCAGGAGUCGUUGACCUCCUGGUUCGGUUUCUCCAUCGUGUUCAACUCGACGGCGCACAAGGGCACGCUCAACCUCGUGGGCGCUGACCUCAUGGGCGACGCCACGCGGGACUUCUCGGUCGUCGGCGGCACAGGUGACUUCUUCAUGGCGCGCGGCGUUGCAACCAUCCGCACCGACGCCAUCGAGGGCCUCUACUACUUCCGCCUGCAGAUGGACAUCAAGCUCUACGAGUGCUACCUCUGAUCGAUCAUAGAGCAUGCAUGCAUGCAUAACCUGUGUGCGUGUGUGUCAAUUGAUGUGCUGCUGAUGUUGUUUGUGCUUUUCGAUGUUUCUUGGUGUGUGAUGGGUUCUAUGCUUGUGUGUCAUUGUCGCAUACGCCCAUACGUAUGUGAAAUGCUUCGCACUCUUAUUCAUAUCUUCACUGUUUAGCAAGAUUGAUUGGGUUGUAAGUGUUGGUUCAGGA